AUGGAGCCUCCAAAGGGAUUUCUUGCUUCUUUGUUGCAAUUCUUAAUCUUCCUUCCUUAUUUCAUUGGACUACUGUUUCUGGGUGUCAUCAAAGGUAUCGUUUUAUGCCCGUUGGUAUGCCUCGUUUUGACCAUUGGCAACACCGCGGUUAUACUCGGUCUUUUGCCUGUUCACAUCGUUUGGACGUUCUAUUCAAUACUGAGCGCCAAACAAGUAGGACCGGUCUUGAAGCUCUUUCUAUGCUUAUGUCUUCCUGCAGCCAUCAUUCUCUGGCCAAUUCUUGGUAUUAUAGCUAGUGUUUUGGGAGGAGCUUUAUAUGGUUUCUUCUCCCCGAUUUUCGCCACCUUUGAUGCGGUUGGCGAAGGGAAAUCUUACCAGCUUUUCCAUUGCUUUUAUGAUGGAACUUGGAGCUCCAUCAAACGUAGCUUCACCGUUGUCCGCGAUUUUAAAGAUGUGUGCUUUCACUCUUACUUCUCACUCAUGGACGAGCUUAAACAAUGUUGCCCUGAUCGCAAAUAUUAUGAAAUAAGGCUACUUCAACUUCCAGGGACUUUGGUAGCUUUGUCUCUCGGGAUUCUUGUUGAUUUCCCGGUGAUCACACUUGUAGCCAUAUACAAAAGCCCUUACAUGCUGUUCAAAGGAUGGCACCGUUUGUUUCAUGAUCUAAUUGGACGGGAAGGUCCAUUCUUGGAGACAAUGUGUGUCCCCAUCGCAGGCCUUGCGAUCUUACUAUGGCCUUUGGCUGUCACGGGCGCAGUUAUUGGAUCAGUCGUCUCUAGUAUCUUUCUUGGUGCUUAUGCAGGAGUAGUCUCAUAUCAAGAAUCAUCUUUUUACUAUGGACUCUGCUUUGUAGUUGCCUCUGUGUCCAUUUACGACGAGUAUAGCAACGAUAUACUUGACAUGCCUGAAGGAUCUUGCUUUCCCAGACCAAAGUAUAGAAAAAAAGAGGAGGAAUCAACGCCUUUUUCAGGUCCUAUACCAAGACUAGGCUCUGUCAAGAACACGGCUUCAACAAGAUCAGGAUCGGUCAGAGUCCCUUUGAUUGAAAUUAAGCCUCUCGAACUUUUGGAAACUCUCUUUGUGGAAUGUAGGAAGUUUGGAGAAAUUUUGGGAACAGAAGGACUGAUAAAUUCGAAAGAUAUCGAAGAUGCGAGAUCUAGUAAAGGCAGCCAAGUGAUCAGCGUUGGUUUACCGGCGUAUUCACUCUUUUACGAGAUUAUACGCUCCGUGAAAGCCAAUUCCGUCGGCUUGUUACUCAGUGACGGUGUAACUGAAAUAACUAGCAAGAACCGACCGAAAGAUGCCUUCUUUGAUUGGUUUUUCCAUCCGUUUUUGAUUCUCAAGGAGCAACUGAAAGCUACAAACUUGUCCGAUGAAGAAGAAAAGUAUCUCGGAAGGUUGAUUUUGUUGUUUGGAGAUGCCGAGAGGGUAAAGAGUUUGAAUGCCAAUUCCGCUUCUCCUCCUUUGACCGAACGCAAAAGAGCCGAAUUUGAAGCCUUUGCUCGCAGAAUUCAAGGGCUAAUAAAUACGGUAUCAAGGUAUCCAACAUUUCGCCGACAUUUUGUGGAAUUAGUGAAGAAACUAUCGGAUGAUUUGGACCUGAAAGAUGGUGGUUCGGUUAAGGAAGGAUCGUUAACCGAAGCGCCAGCUCCAGUUAAGAUCAUUUCUCGGAUAUUCAGUCAGAGAUCAUUCAGAAGAAAAGGGAGUGUCAAUGGAUCCGAUCAAGAAUCGCGAAAGGGUGUCUCAAGGAAUGUAGAUAUCGUCUAA